ACUACCAGCUAUCUUUUGAAAAAGACCACUCUUAUAUGCAUAUCCAUUGAGAAACCCCUGAUCUCUUUUAGUAUAUAUUUAACCUUUUGUUUCUUUAUAAUUGGAAAGAAAAAGCCCUAGGGCUAGAUAGCAGCUUGGACAUUAAAUAUCUGCAAAACAAACUCUCUAUUUUUCCCUUUGAGUUUAAUCUCUAAUCAUCUUCUUCUCCUUGUUUUGCAUGAAUCGAUCCCCCUGGUUUGGUGUUGAACAUCCGAACCCUAACCCUAGGUACUGUCUUAUAUACAAAUAAAUCCAGUCAAAUCUGAGAUCAUCAACAGAGCUUGCUUAGUUAUAAGCUUAUUUCUGAUGCUUCCAAAAAUGGUUGAUCAAGAAACAAUUAUUCCAAAUGGGUUUUCCCAAAUUAACCCUCUUCUUCAAGGAUCUAAUAAUAACAACAACAACAUCAACCCUCCUCCUUUGAAAAAGAAGAGAAACCUUCCCGGAACUCCAGAUCCUGAAGCUGAGGUGAUAGCCUUGUCGCCGAAGACUUUAAUGGCGACGAACAGAUUCUUGUGUGAGAUAUGUGGGAAGGGGUUUCAGAGAGAUCAAAACCUUCAACUCCAUAGGAGAGGGCACAACCUGCCAUGGAAGCUGAAGCAGCGAAGCAGUAAAGAGCCUAAGAAGAGAGUUUACGUUUGCCCUGAAAAGACAUGCGUACACCACCAUCCUUCCAGGGCUUUAGGAGACUUGACUGGUAUUAAGAAGCACUUCUGUAGAAAACACGGAGAGAAGAAGUGGAAGUGUGAGAAGUGUUCAAAGAGAUAUGCCGUACAAUCCGAUUGGAAAGCCCACUCUAAGACUUGUGGAACUAGAGAGUACAAAUGUGAUUGUGGAACUCUUUUUUCACGGCGAGACAGUUUCAUAACUCACAGGGCAUUCUGUGAUGCAUUAGCUGAAGAAACAGCAAGAGUAAAAGCAGCCUCAGACAUGAACAUAAUAAAUCCGAUAAUGGGAGCAGCAGCAGCUGGAAACCUCGCUUAUCAUUUCAUUUCAGGACCAAAUAAUAACAACAUGACACAACAUUUCCACUCUGUUUUCAAACCAAUAAUAUCAUCAUCAUCAUCAUCACCCAAUGAUAAUCAUCAUCACGAGGCCGCAAGAAGCCAACAACUAUCUCUAUGGAUGAGUGACCAGCAUGAUCAAACACUACUUAUCUCAUCACCAAACAACAACAGUAAUGCCUUAUUCCACGAUCAUCAUCAAAUUCGUCAUCAUCAUCACCAACAUCAACAUCAACUUGGUAAUUCGUCGACAGUGAGUUCAGCUAGUGAAAUGUUUGGUACUAGUACCACUACUGAUAAUAAUCCUCUUGUGUCGUGUACUACUUCAUCAUCAAAUCUUCCUCCACCGUCUGAUUAUCAUCAUCAACAGCAACAACAACAGUUUAAUUGGGUUUUCGGAAGUGGUAAUACAACAAAUACUAAUACUAACAAUAAAAUGUCCUCCAACAGUAAUACUAAUACUGCUACUACUAUUAACCAUCAUCAUCAUCAUCAUGAGCUGGCCAUGGCCAUAAACAAGGAAGGAGGAGGUGGAUCAUCUGCUCAGCUAGUUACAGUUCCUUCCUUGUACAGCAACCAACUCAGUACACCUUCCGCAGCGGCAAACAUGUCCGCCACUGCUUUACUGCAAAAAGCAGCUCAAAUAGGAGCGACUUCGAGUGUUGAUUCAUCUUUCCUCGGAAGUUUUGGGUUGAAGUGCAAUAAUAAUAGCAAUAGCAGUACUAUAACAACUCAACUCCAAGACGGGAACAAUAUUAAUAAAUCGUGUGGUUUGUAUGGAUCAACUACCCCAAUAUCGAGGGUAGUUAGUAAUAACAACAACAAUAACAAUAAUAAUGUGGACAACUCGGAAGGUGAAAUAUUCCAAAUUUAUCCUCCGGCGGCCAAACGCAAGUACGUUCAGAUGAGUAGUAAUACAGAUCAAGAUCAGGUAGGAGGGAAAACUAGGGAUUUCCUAGGCGUUGGAAGUGGAGGCGGUGGUGGCGGAGGAGUUCAAACCAUUUGCCACCCGGCUGUAGCAACAGCAGCAGCAUCAAUCAAUGGUUGGAUUUGAAUAUGUAUGUCCUAUAUUGAUUAAUCAUAUCUUUUUAUAUGUGUCAUGUAAUUUUUAUUUUCCCUUUUCUUUUUUCUUCAAUGGAAAGCAAAGUUGACAGUGGAAAAAGAGAGAAAGAAAGAUUUAAGUAAUGGGAAACUUUGCAGGAUUGACAAGGUGGGCAUUAAUUUGAGUAGUGCUUGAUGGGGGUGCUAAAAGUUUUUGUACAUAUUUAAAACUAUAUAUAUAAUUAGAGAGAUCCAUGCAUAUUCUUAUGUUGAA